GGAUAUCCUCAACCCAUGAGGCUCUGCUCGUCCCAAUUCACAACGAAACCUACAACCUAGAAUUCGAUACAGUCAACCUUGAUAUACACCAAACAUAAAGGCACAGACACAAACAGACUUCAUCAUGCUUCCACCCCUGAUAGCGCUAGAAGAGCACUUCUUCUCCCACGCCGCCUCAAAUGACACUCUUAUGCGCGAGCAAUAUUCCGAACAAUUCAAACAUAUACCCGGCCUGGCCGAUAAAUUGACCGACCUAGGAAGCCUACGCCUCGACAACAUGAAAGCAGGCCAGGUCAGCCUCCAGAUAAUAUCCCACGCACCAGGCACCAUGACGCCCAACGAAUGCAAAGAUGCCAAUGACCAGCUCUUUGCCGCCAUCAAGCAGCACCCAUCCCGAUACGCUGGCUUCGCCGUCCUUCCCGUCGCCGAUCCACAAGCCAUUGCCACGGAACUGACACGCUGUGUGAAAGAGCUAGGCUUCGUAGGUGCCCUGAUCGACUCCCACACCAAUGAAGGCACCUACUUCGACGGAGACUCCUACCUCCCCCUCUUCGAGACCGCUCAAUCCCUCAACACCCCAGUCUACAUCCACCCAACAUGGCCCACCCCCUCAGCCCUCAGUUCUUUCUACACAGGCUCCUUCCCCCAAUCCGCUUCAAAAUCAAUAUCCGCAUCAGCGUUUGGCUGGCACUCCGACGUCGCCACCCACAUAUUACGUCUCGUCGCUUCGGGGCUCUUCGACAAAGUUCCCAACCUCAAGAUCAUAAUAGGCCACAUGGGCGAGAUGCUGCCCUUUAUGCUCGACCGCAUAUGCCAGCUCUCCCCACGCUGGGGCAAGCAUCAACGAACGUUCAAGGAGAUUUACGACACGAAUAUAUACAUCACGACCAGUGGAAACUGGAGCGUCGAUCCCAUGGCUUGUAUCCUCCGGAACACCAAGCUCGAUCAUAUACUCUACAGCGUCGAUUACCCGUUCGCCAGGAACGAGGAUGGUCUACAGUUCAUGCAGGAUCUACAGAAGAGUGGUCUUGUCACAGACGAGCAGUUGGAGGAUAUUGCGUACAGGAAUGCUGAGAGGUUAUUGCGAGUCAAGACUGGUCCCGCGUGGGAUUAAGAGUGCAGGAUUACCGCCCAGACUACCGGCAGUGCAGAAUGCAGAACUCUUCAAAGUGCAGAAUUGUCCCAAAACGGCAAUGUCACGACCAAGACUACCGUGAGUGCAGAAUGCAGAAUUGUAGAUCCGGCAAUUCUGCACUUCGUGAAUUCUGCAUUCUGCACUGCCGGUAGUCUGGGUCCGUGACUUCAAUCAUC